AAAUUGCAGAAUUAGGUAGAAUCGAUAAAAGACAACAUGCAAAUUCACUUAAAUUUGGGGCUGUAUUUAGCAAAGUAUGCCAGUAUCUUAGUAGGAAUUUUGUAAAACUUGGAUUUUUAACAGAUGAUGCAGAAAUGGUUUCUUUUGAUUUGA